GUUAGAGAUUUAUCGAGGAGAGGACGUCCGUACUCUGACGUGUAUGUAGAGAUCUUAGGUUCAUCUUCACAGAGCGUCUACCCCACAGCGAGCGGUUCUCUCAGACCCUGAAGCCGGCUCUAAGUCGGGCUUACGUCCGGCUAAUUUCUAUCACGUGUGCGACGCAUGUGAAGAAGAAGAGGGGGAAAAUCUAGGCCGGUUGCCAACCCCGGACUCCGCUUGAUCAAGACGUCGAGAUCGCGCCAAGUGUGCCGUGUGUGUCCCGGACGCUUCCUGGCAAAAUUUUUUUGCGACCGCGGUUUGGGCUGGUGCCGACUUGGCAAAGAUAUGGCGAGGUUUUGCAGUAAGUGGCUGAUUUGGAUGAUCCUGGAGACUUGCAGGGCUCAGCAUUAUUAUCCGUACAGCAGUCCUUCCUACAACUACGAGUCAGACAGCCGGUAUUGCGUGGAUGAGAGCAGGUUCUGCCCGUCCUGGGCGGAGAGAGGGCACUGCAACAUCAACCCCGGGUACAUGCUGAAGAAGUGCCGCGUCAGCUGCAGGCAGUGCAGCAGUCCUCAACAACAACAACAACAACAGAGACAACAUCAACAACAACAGCAAACGAAAGGGCCUUCCUACCCUUACCGACGGUACACGUCAUACUCACAAGACAACCGCCUGCCCCCGCUUUCCAACCCGAUGCCAAGUUAUGCAAAUCAGGCCGUGUCAUACACCUCCUACCCCAGUCAGCACAACCAACCAGGCUACCCGUACCCGGUGCCUAGCUACAGCCAAUCAGGACCCGGGUAUCCCAGCCAAUCAGGUUCGAGCUAUCCCAGCCAAUCAAGUUCGAGCUAUCCCAGCCAAUCAGGACAGGGCUCGCCGCCCUCGCAUAGAGGGCCAGACUAUGAGACCAAUCGAGUGUCUAGUUUGAUAGGGAGGACAGGGGUGACCAAGUUGCCGGUUGUGAGUUCAGGCAGCCGCCGCCCGAGUGUGGAAGGAUCGGAAAGUCGGGACAGGCUGGCGCGGUUGAGACAUCCCCGUCCUCUGUCGCUGACGGCGUCACAGAAGAGUCGAGGUCAGGGUUCAAGGGUGAACACAUACAACAGGACAUGGGUUGAGCAGGUCAUAGGUCACCAAUUCGACAGCGAGGAGGCUUUCGUAGAGAUGACCAAGUUUCUGCGCCUGCGCGAGAACGUCACCAUGCUGUGGAAGUUCUUGGAUAGAAUGUCUAGCGAGGAGGCGAGACGGGAAUAUAUACAGACCCGUGAAUGUAACUGUGUGGAUCCUGAUGACCUGUCGUGUCCUGAAGAAGACCAGGUCAUUCCAAAGGGCGAGUGUUGUCCGAUAUGUGCAGAAAGCGGCUACGCGUACGCACACUGCCACAUGCGGCCCAAUUUUUUGGAGGAUCAAGUCGGCAUCAACGGACACAUAGACAUCAGACAAAAGUUGACGGGUGGCAACAUCGAGGUGCUGGUUGACCUUGUUGGGUUCGACGCGCGUGACCCCGUGCACGGGUUCCACAUCCAUACGGACGGUGACCUCAGCAUGGGCUGUGACACCGCCGGGCCGAUCUAUAACCCCUUUAACAACUCACAUGGCGGACUGAACUCCACGGAAAGGAAAGUGGGUGACCUAGGGAACCUUGACUGUGACGAGCUGGGCCGUGUGAUGAUGUUACUUGAUGUGGAGAACGCCUCCCUGCUGGGACCCUACUCUAUACUGGGCAGAUCCAUGGUGAUCCAUGCGAACGAGGAUGACUUCGGCCGUGGCGGGCACGAGAUGAGCCCGGUAGACGGUAACUCCGGAGUGCGGCUGGCGUGUUGCGUCAUAGGUCGGACCAGUGACGCCGAAAUGAGAUGGUCCGGCGUGGAGAGGUAGACUCGGUCCACGGUGGCGACGAAAUGUACUCUUAGAUGCAUCCAAUGAAAUU